GUGUGGGGGGAGUUUUCCACUGACGAACACAAACUCAACAACAGCUGAUCUCACUGUACUGUAUACGUUCAUCGAGGACUAAGAAAGGGAACGUUGGUUGCUAUCUUGGUAACUUUUCAAGCAUCGUAUGGUCGUCUCUUCCACUCAUGAUACACAGAUACACAGUUACUGGAUCGCCAUGGCUACAUCACAGCGUGGGGGUUUAAAGAGAAAAUAUGGUUUCCCAGAUGAGGAUGCCGUUUACUCUUCCUCAUCCCCCUCAUCACACUCUGAAUGGGACUCUGAUGAAGACAGCCCCCAAAGUGAUAGUGUGGACUUUGGGCCUUUUGGCUCUUUCUCUUCAAGCCAUCACAUGCCAAUUUCAUCCAUCCUGAAGAAGACAAAAGAUACUCAAUCCAAAGGCAGUAUUCGGUUUGGCCUGGUUACAGUGUUCCUCUUCCAGCGCUGUCAAGGGUUCAGCAGUGUGCCCAGCCAUGGUGGCUGCACACUAGGCAUGGUUAGACGGCACGCUGCCCUUCAGCAGUUCACCCUGGCGGAGCACGCGGAAGAGCAGGAGCGUUUGCGAAUGGAGAGACUCCGCAAGCGGCUCCAAGAGGAGAGGCUGGAGGCCUUGAGACAGAAGCUGAUCAGCAGUGGGACUCUCUCAGUGACAGAAGCAGCCAGCUUGACAGUGAACGAUGUCCCAGAUGAAGAUGACGAUCUCAGUAGCGCAAAGCUCAAGGAUAUGGGAUUCCUCCGUCCUUAUUCUUCCAAACGCAGACGUGCGUUAUUGAGGGCAGCAGGAGUUGUGCGAAUCGACCGGGAGGAGAAGAGGCAGCUGCAGGAACUACGGCGAUGGAGGGAAGACUGUGGAUGCCACUGCCAGGGCUUCUGCGAGCCGGAGACCUGCGCCUGCAGCCAGGCUGGUAUCAAGUGCCAAAUGGAUCGCUCCAAUUUUCCUUGUGGAUGUUCAAAGGAAUGCUGUGGGAAUCCUGCAGGCCGAGUUGAGUUUAACUCUAGUCGUGUACGGAGCCACUAUAUCCACACACACAUGAAGCUGGAGCUGGAAAAGAGGCUGCUCAAUGACAACAGAGUGAUCACCACUGAGCAACAAUCAAUAGCGAGGAACAGAGUCAUCACAUUUCCAGUAGAAAAAGACUCUUCCUCGUUUCACCUGAGCAGGCAGGGAGACAGCAGCUGGAGCAGUGACAUGACUGACAACUCCUGCUCUUCUUCUCUGAGUCUGGACUCUGAGACAGACGGAAGGCCUUCCUCUGAGCGACUUACGCUAAAUGUGGAUGACACAGGACUCGCUCGCAUUCUCAGUUUUUCUGAUUCUGAUGGAGAAGGAUGUCCAUAUUUGUCCACAGAAGCUGCUGGUGCCACAUCCACAAAGGAAAGCAGCACUAGUACAUCUCAGUUGGAGUAUCUGGAUGAAAAUGCUAACCAGGCCACCAUGGAAUGUGUAAACGACACCUUUGACAUCCCCAAUACACCUUCUGCAUCUCCGGAUCACACCGUAAACUGUUACAUGGACCUCAGUCUGUCCUCAGACUCUGACCUGGUCUUUUUUGACACUUUUCAUGAGUAUGGUUCAAGCCACAAUCAGUUUAAAGUGUACAGUCAUAUGGACUACGUCUCACACCUCCAGUUCCCCCGUUGUCCCAGUCCUGCUCAAAUUGAGGACUCGGGAGUCAAUCUUCUGGAGUCUCUCGUAGGAAUUUCUUAAUAGGGAUCAGAGCAGAACAGUAUUUUUACUGAUGUUUUAAAGAUGAACAAGCCUUGUUCAUUUACAUUUGUACAGUAUGAUUUAAUCUCAUAUACUAUGAGAUAAACUGUAAAUAACUUCUGAAUUUAAGGAUAUUCCUUAUAAAUAUAUUUUAUGAUUUUAAUAUAGUCUGUAACCGUUCAUGACUACAGUGUCAAUACAGUUAAACCACUCAGCCUAAAUCUGUGUAGCAUCAUGAGUUACUUUGUUGCCAAAAAACUUUGAGAGUUUGUACAUUAAUUUCAGGUCAGAUUUUAUAUUUAUGCUUCAUAAACUAAUGGCUUAAUUACCAUUUUAUAAGGUCUCAAAUAAACCCCAUUGCAGUAAAGAAGGUUUUACUGUUAAAUGUUUACCUAUAAAAGUCUAUUCAUAUUUAUUUCUCAAAAGUGUUUUGCUUUAAGUGACCAUGUAUGUGAAUCAAAGUUUUGUUUUUGUGUAGCACAGUAAUUGUAUUUGUUAGUGCUUCGAAUGAGCUCUAAAUGUCAAAAUGCCAUUUUCAUGUUUCAUGUAGGUCUUCUCAUUUCAAGGACCAGCAUGCCUUAAUGUGUUUCAUUUGAAAGAAUGACUUGUAAUAUAUAAAGAAAUUCAGGCUACAUUUGCUUUGAGAAUAGUUCAUUCAUCAGUGGUAUGCCUACUCUGUAUUUACUUUGAUGAAUGUUUUUGGACAUUUUUUAAAUAUGUCCAGCUUUCUUUUCUGUGGAAUAACUCAUCUUAAUAAAAUUUUUCACAUAA